AGUGCUGGGAACGGCGAGGCCAUGAAGAGCGUCGUGCCGAGGUUCGGCGACUCGCCGCCACGGACAACUAGACUUCGGCCUCGGAGACGACGUGACGUCGCUAGCGCCGACGAAGCUGCUGCUGCUGGCUGCCACCACUGUGUGUCCCGUGUGGCAACGCUGCAGCGCCAGUGAUGACCUGCAGGUGCCGAGGACAUGCCGACCUGAAGGCGCCAGAGCAUGUACCACCACGCGAGCAACAGUCGCGGCACCUUGGAUGUGGAAAACCGCGUCGUCCUCAACGUGGGCGGCAUACGCUUCGAGACGUACAAGACGACCCUCAAGAAGAUUCCCGCGACGCGCCUCUCGCGGCUCACCGAGGCGCUCGCAAACUACGACCCGGUGCUGAACGAGUACUUCUUCGACCGCCACCCGGGCGUCUUCGCACAGAUACUCAACUACUACCGCACCGGCAAGCUGCACUACCCGACCAACGUGUGCGGACCGCUGUUCGAAGAGGAGCUCGAGUUCUGGGGCCUGGACGCCAAUCAGGUCGAACCUUGCUGCUGGAUGACGUACACGGUGUACAGAGACACGCAGGCCACCCUGGCCAUCCUGGACACGCUCGACAUUGAGAACGAGAAGCCCAGCGAUGAGGAGCUUGCUCGCAAGUUCGGCGUCGAGGAGGACUACUACGCGGGCAAGCUGUCAUGCUGGCAGCGGCUCAAGCCACGCAUCUGGCUGCUCUUCGACGAGCCUUACUCCUCGCUGGCCGCCAAGGUCAUGGCCGUCAUUUCAGUCUUCUUCAUCUGUGUCUCUAUCCUGUCCUUCUGCCUCAAGACGCACCCAAACAUGCGGGUGCCCGUCAUCGUUAACCGGACCGUCACGCAGCGCAACACGACCGCCUGGGUGCUGGACAAGGUCAAGACGGACGCGCACGACGCCUUCUUCUACGUCGAGAGUGUGUGCAAUGCCUGGUUCACCUUCGAGAUCACCAUCCGGUUUGUGGUGAGCCCCAGAAAGCUCGACUUUGUGCGUGCCCCCAUAAACAUCAUCGACUUCAUCGCGACCAUGUCCUUCUACUCGGACAUGCUGCUCCAGCACCUCGCGGCGGACCUCGAGAACGCCGACAUACUGGACUUCUUCUCCAUCAUCCGAAUUCUGAGGCUGUUCAAGCUGACGCGCCACUCGCGCGGGCUCAAGAUCCUCAUACACACCUUCAAGGCCUCGGCCAAGGAACUCUUCCUCUUGGUAUUCUUCCUGGUGCUGGGCAUCGUGAUAUUCGCCAGCCUCGUCUACUACGCCGAGAGGCUGCAGGCGAACCCUCGCAACGACUUCACCAGCAUCCCCGAGGGCCUGUGGUGGGCCAUCGUGACGAUGACCACAGUGGGCUACGGGGACAUGGCGCCCAGGACUUACGUGGGCAUGCUCGUCGGUGCCCUGUGCGCGCUCGCGGGCGUGCUGACGAUCGGGUUGCCCGUGCCGGUGAUCGUGUCCAACUUCACCAUGUUCUACUCGCACACGCAAGCACGCGAGAAGCUGCCCAAGCAGCGACGCCGCUUCGUGGGCGAGCCGCCCGGCGCCGGCACGACGGCGACGGCAUCGGCGCCCGCUGUGCCGCAGGCGCGACGCAUGAACGCCAUCAAGCACCACCAGCACAGCAGGGAAUUUGCCGCCAACAAGCCAGGUACUUGACAGGGCUUUCGUAUAUACAACGGCGUCAGCACUCCGGACCAGGCCCCAUCGAUGCAGGCCAUACUUACCUAAGACCCGUGUCGCCGCCGGGAAGGCGACCGCACGCGCAGCGGACCUUCGUUGCGGUGACUGACUGUGUGGUGCCCACGGCGCCUCCCCUGCAAGAUGCGUCGUUAGCUGCCUACACUGUAGGGUCAAUGCUGAAUCUAUACUCACAACCACUAGAAAAACCCAACACAACGGCCAGACAAGAUUCAACGCGGAAACUGCUAGAUGAACCACGAAAGCUUGCAAAAACUUCGAAGAAGAGGAGUUUCCUGAAGAGCUCAGACUGCUUGCGUACUACCCUAUCUGCUAGAUGCGUAUCAGUUUGAAGUUGACGACGAGGAUCUCUAAAGCGCGUAGUCAGAUGCAGGUAAAGAAGUUCGUUUCAAUUUCUUCAAGAUAAUAUGGGGAACGUUUUGUGUUAAUUUUAUUAUGCGGUCUACUUACGGUGCACCCUAUAGCCGCCGAGAGUAUGUAAAGAAUUCUCGAAUUCACUGUUACCGCUUCCAAACAAACUAUACUUGUCUAAUAACCCAUCCACGGGGAAGCGAGUAACGAUACAUUCCGGAUUGAGCCAUGGUGUAACUGAUAUUAGAAAGCUAAAUAGUUAGUCGUCGUUAUCGGUUAACUUUUACCAGCACUGCUAUGACUCGAAUGACUUUGAGCAUUUGAUUCCGCAAAAAAAUGAUCUUAAGUACAGUAGUGUUCACAGAUUAUCAAACAAGUCUAUGUAUACUGCGCGUACAGCGAGAACAUUGCCCAUAGAUAUAGCUUUGCACACGAUGGUGAAGCAUUUUUAGAAAAUAAAUUACAUAACCAACACACAUGGACAUUAAAUGUUUCUAUUUUUUUUUUGUACAAAGAAUUUCGCAAGCAAACUAUCGCGUGGUUUUCAUCUAGGUCCCGUGUAGGAGAGAAUUACGCUCCUUAGACGACUCUCGGUGUUCUAUAUUCCCCUUCGAGACGAAAAUUUUAUAACCACGCAUGUCCUGGACCUUCAAAGAACCAGUUUUACGCGAACGUCAUUCUGUGCAUAGGCCUACACAUAUCUGUCUCUCUGAGAGAUCGUUCUGUUCCCUGGCCUUGUCUAAAUAAGAGUAAAAAAAGUGUGCAACUACGUCACCAUAUAGAGUAUAUAUACGUAUAGAUAUAUCUAUAUACAAUGUACCUAUAUACAAAACACACUUUCGCCUUCAUCUCAUCAGCAGAACCAAAGUUUUCGGGAUAGAGUUCACGCUUUAAACUCAGGUACGCUACGUAUGCCUCUAUCUAUCCCCCGACCAAACAUUACGGACGCGUAGCGUGUGGAACGUGAAAUUAGGAACGGUUUUCAUGUAGCUUAGAAAAACGCGAUCUCUCGCCUCUUAUAAGCUUUUUGAGCUUUCACGAAACGCUGGUUCGUUAGCUGAGAUACUCGCUUUUAGUGUUACGCCCGCAGAUUUAGCCGAUCGCGUACAAACGAAGACCAUUCCCCUAAGCACAUCAAGAUGGAACGGAGCAACCACUUUUUACGCAUAUAUCCCAGUGUAGUGGACUCAAACUGCCUUUCCGAUUUAUCGUUAGCUCCAUUCAAGAAUAAUCCGGUGAAGGAGGCACGCUUGAUAUCUUAAGAUUGUGAAUACCGCGUAUCUUUAUAAAAGAUAUCAUAAAGAUAACAUAUCUUGCUCUUUGUUGCAAUGCAGGUGACAGUUAUCCUGCGCUGCUUAGAAAAAAAACAACAACAAGAGAACACAGUACCUUGGCACGCGAAGGUUGGCCGGGACAUGUCGGCGUCAUAACACGUUGAUUUUUACAGAAGUCAUUAAGGAUUUAUACAACUGUUAAGCUAUUGAUGUAUUUCAGAUCGCAUACCGGUUGUGAAAGUGACUGACUAGAGCACGGUUCACUGACCAAGCAUAUGGAGCCGCAUUCGUGAUUCCAACAGGAAGCUGAAACAGCUACUAAAAGGCAACGUGUAAGAGGCCUGGUAACCAUGUACGCUAUUUAAUAGCACGGGCAUUUGCCUCCAUACAGUAUAUGACGAAUAUAAACGCGUUACCGAACAUUGAGUAGCAAUGGCGAUCUAGCUAGGACUGUCUCAUGUUAGGCUUGUUUUAUAAAAUCUUAGUCCGCGUUAACCUAGAUGUGGAUACGCUAGUGUAACAUGCUUUAAAGUAAACAAUGAAGCACAGAGCAGGCUAUCGUAUAUCAUGGGCUCAGUUUGCAAGCUGAAAUUAAAAAAAAAAAAAUAAUUACAUUCUGUACUUAAUUCUCAUGAUUCACAUUAGGCAUAUCAUUUACAGUGUGCUGGUAUUUUUUCGUGAUUUUGUGGUUUUUUACUCAAUUGAUUGUACACACGUGGAAUUCAACGUUAACUAAACGGUGCUCUUUACCUAUUGCGAACAAUAGAAACGAAACAGCGUGCAUACUAAGCCUUCGCUGAAACGGUCAGAGAUGGAAUUAGUACUCCAGUAGGUACUUCGUUUUUUCUCAACGCUAACGCGUGCGCCUUGCCUUUGCCCACCAUGUGCUCUGAGCAUAGCUCUACAAAUUAGCUGCACCUACAGUUUUCCUCAGACUGCUGUUUUCUCAGACUUGUUAUUCGACAAAGAAAAAAAAAGACACCACGCUCCUUUACAAGCCUAAUUACUGUUCAUGCAUACUCUAUAUAUAAACGCACGAAACAAAGAAACACAAAUAAAACCCAGCGUUGCCUUUUUAACCGGCGGACGCGCAAUGUGGGACCAACAUUCUAAAAAAGAACCCGAAAAAAAAUGGACAAAGUGGACGCGCGCACGCUAUGAAAAAAAGUGCCCUGAACCACCACUGUGCGCUGUUGCAACCUCACGCGUGAGUUGUCGGCAGCUUCGAAGAAAAGGCCUGCGAGAAACGCCACUUGUGCUGCGGUUAGCGAGACGUGCAGUCGACGAGCCAAGCACAUGAUGGAAAGCAAACCACGGAGGCGAUAGGAACCACUCACUUUCGUGUUUGAACGGGGAUAGCAGCACCCUCCUCAUCACGCUACUGUCAUCAGCAUUCGCAGGCAAUGCGAUGGUGCUUCUUUCCCAGCUGCUGUCGCGCCGGUGCGAUCUCUCGCGUUUCGUGACACUUAUGCGUCACAGCUGCGCCCGAGAUCACCGUGACGAGGCAGUUGUCGGAAUGCGGCAAACAACUCGUACGCAACGCGACGAAGACUUCAUCUGCCUGUUCUUCACUGCGAUCGACGACUGCAGUGCGUGACGUCGGCUCUUCGUGCUCGUGACGUGAUCGCGUGUCCGGCGUCACGUGAUAGUGACUCUUUCUUUCGUGCGGUGUUGUGUCGGUGCAUAUCGUCAGACACCGGUGCGCUAAAUAUAUAUACACGUAAUAAGAGACGUUCUGGCGACAUUUUCGGUUGUGCUGCUUGCUUUGCGUAGGUCGCCAGAGAAGACACCUCAACAAGCUUCCCUUCGGUGCCGUCCUAUUGUGGUGUGCGAAGACUGGAACACUCGAGAGAAGAAAAGGAUAGUGAGGACUUUGCAGUUUAACGCGAAGACAAGCUUCUGUGCUCUAUAUGGUUGAGGCGCUUCUUCAACUCACUCUGACUCUGCGCGUUUAGUUUCAGCUGAUGCCUAUGCUUGUCUAUCGAUUACUGCGAGGAGAAGCUGUUGUUUACCGUGAUACUGAUACUCAAUAUGCCUACUGAACAGAUUACCGCAGAGGUGCACGGCAUUCUGGAAGCAAUGAUAUUAACUACCACUAUGAAUGUAUUAGUGCUAUCUUUUUUGCAUCGCAGCAUCCGCAGCAAGCUUCAAAUUUUCUUUCAGCCUUCAUUUGUUGGAGCGAGUGAAAUCUCUUCACUGAACCAGAAGAUCCCACUCGCCGUCUACAGAAAAUACGACGAUCGCGUGGUUGCUGGUCUUUCUUCAAACUCCCGAGAAACAGGUGCGGAGAGCCGCCCCACAACGUAACCCCUAGUCACAAAGAAAAGCGUUCUCUAGAAUAAGAUUCAAAGGUACAUUUAAAGAUUUGGAUAACCCUUCAAAAGUGACGGCUUCUUUAAAGCAAGGCAGUGGAAAAAGCUUAAACUAAUUGAAUAGCAACUAAUCUUGACAUAUUCUUUGAGCGUUGAUGUUGUGUUCAGCGUAUUAAACUUUCUAGAUAUAUUACUGCACCGAGUUCUUUAAAACUUGACGUUUCAGCAUUGAGGUUUCACUCAUGACCACUUUUACAACUAUGACAUUUGACAAAAUUGCACCACCGGUCGGAGUCAACAGCGCUGUCUAAUGAAUCGAUCACAACAGGAAGCACCAAUUUCCACUUCCUUUUGACAUAAUAUAAUUAUUUUACUAGGUACACCAACUACUCAUUCUUAACUCACUAUUGGACCGACCACCCGGACUGUCUUCAAAGGAACAGGAUCAUCUUAAAGCCAUACGCUCAGCAGAUGUCUUGUAAAUUACGUUCUUCCAUCGAUGUGGAUGCGAUUUAAAAUCAACUUCAUCCAUGUUCAGUUCCUUGUGCAUACCAUUCCAAUCAUGAUUUUUUCCCGCCAGCAGCUGAUUUUCAUGUGAUAAGCAAAGGUUGUAGUCUCUUCGGGAUAUCCGCAUCGAAUGCGUGUCCGUUAUUGAACUGUAUACCACUCAUACUGUCCACGCAAGCUAUAUCUGUGUCCUGCGACCAUACUGAGAUGCAAGCAUCCAAUACAAGCCCUCUCUUAACCGAGUGUCUCGCAAUAGGCCAGUAUUUGAGUUUUCUUUCUUGCAUUUCUCAAACGUGUUUAAGCGCUGUCUUGGUAGCCAUUGGUUUUGGUUCAUAUUCUCCCAUAAGUACAAGCCCGUCAUCAGAUGAGAAUUUCAGACUAUCUUGAAACAAAAAACUGUAUAACAAAUAUUUGGCUACGCUAGUUUGACUACGUUCUUGGAAUUAUAUGUAGUUUUGCCUUACCGCAAGUGAAUUCUGUCAGAUAUGCCUGUACAGUGUGCGAUAAAAUGGCACCGCCAGCUGCGAAUGACGUUUAAUUGUUGGUGUUAGCAACACGCGGUCAGCGCUGCCAAGGCAUGUUUAUAAAUAUUAACUAUAAUGACAAUUGCAUGGCACUCAAGAAUAAGCAAGGAUUAAACCUAAUAACAUUGGGAAACUGUGCAGCAAGACAUUUACAUAUGUGACGUAACACUGAUGGCGUCAUUUUGGCGACUACGUCGCAAAAUCUCAAAGUAGAAAACGUCGACUUCCAUUUCCUAUUUUGAUGAUUAUCUUUUAUCAAAUAAAUACAGCACGAGUGGUAGAAUAACACUUUCGGGAUUUAAGCGAAAUUACCAUGUAUCGUAGUCGGGGUAUCAUUAAUAUGAUGCCGUAUAAUAAAGUUCGUUAAUGAAACUUGUCAUUAUGCGAGAAAUUGUCAUCUGUGCACCACAAGAAAAUAUGCGUUCGAAGUGAUGUUAGUUGUUUCUUUUUUUAUUUUUAAGUAAAAAGAGGGGUUAGCACUAACAGUUGUGACAGGAUUUCAUAGUACAUCUCUCACGUGUAUAUUAAGGCUUCAAAAAUAAGUCUUUAUUUUGUACCUAGAAAUGCGGUGCUUUUUGUCUUUGACAAACUCAAAAAUAAACGCACUGUAUACCGCUUAGUACUGACUGCAACGUGCUGUCCUCGAAUUUCCCUUUUUCCUUUCUCAAUAUUGUACAAUAUAACCUUGAUAUAAACAAAACAAAACAAAGCAAGAACCCGUAAGGUCACUGGAUAGCGCUGAACCAAUAUUGUCGCGUUUAUGAUCCUCCGCUCUUCCAAGCGCAAUAACACUGAAAUUCUCUUCCCUUGAUGAUUUUUAACUUGUAUUAUUCCGCUGAUAUUAUCCGCCUAUAAUGCGAGCAAAGGCUGGUAUACACUGGAUAAGGAGGGAUAGGUUGGUACAUCGCCUGUUUACUCAAAGAUUUACAUUAACGACAGCAGCUUCAAGCACAGAACAUACAUAAGUAGGCCGUACGCUAGCACAGAACAACAGGUAUAAGCGCAAUUAGCUGUAUGAAUGUCAACGGGAGCAUAACGUGAUAUAGUUCAAGUGUUAGAUGCAGGAUGGGAACGAGGAUUGAAUGGGUUCUGAAAAGUUGUUGCUCUGUGAGGCGAGUUUGGUUUAAAUUGGACAGAGGUAACAUGUGUACCGUAUCGCUAAUUAGAUACGCGCGAAUGAGCGGCAGGUAUUUGCUACCCAGCCAAGCUACUAUUUUCAUUUGAGCAAGGUACUACUUUUGGUACUUUAGUAGAAGUACCACCAAAACGUUUAACGAGUUCAUUACUCAUUACUUUCACGAUGAUUUUGUGGCUGCAAUGAAAUAUGACAAUAUUCCAUUCCCCCGAACUUUCAAGUUGCAUUCAGUGCGCGCUUCUUUUUAGUUCGUCUCGUAAUGUGUAUGGCAGGUCGAUAAGUGCGACAUAUCCCUUUUCACACUAGCUCCGCAGUUCCGAAAUCUUCAGAUAACAGGUGUUCCUUCAUUCUGUUCAAGGAACAUGGUCGUUAGGUCUCUAGUGUAUUUCUUUUCCUCAGAAAAUACACCGUAGAGAACGGUUCCUUCUUUAAAGAGGCCCUGCAACGCUUUUCCGAGUAAUUAUCGCUUCGUUAGAAUAUCUUAUUGCUUCACGAAUCGACUAACGCAAAAAUUUUUAGAAUGCGUCAAGUGCGAGCGGAGUUACGGCGAUUCGUCGCACGCUCCAAGCGCUUUCUCGCUCCUUUCGUACUAGCGAUCGCGCUGAAAGCUACGCAGGGAAGGGGAUGACAAGGUGACAAGAAGAUUCGUCCCUUUGGAAGCGACGGCGCUGACAUCGAGGCACCCUAGCGCGUGCAGGCACGUGGCGACAUCUCGCGGCGGCCACGGUAACUAUGCAGCUCACGAUGCUCAAAUCAGCCAAUGGCCAUGGUGUUUUGGUUUAUGGUGCGGUCAUUUGGGUUAUGGCAUCACUUGUCGGGAGAAGAAGGAAUGAUUUCUUGCUGAUUUUCAUAAUUAAUUGUAAAUUCUAGGCUGCGUGCUGCGCUAUAAAUUUUAGAUCACAUAUUCUUGGGAGCUUCGACUACCGAUCGGCAGCGUUUUCUGACCAUGCUGAAAAAGUGUUGCAGGGCCUCUUUAAGACUUACGGCAACUACUGCGGCAAAAUUAGGCGAUCUUCACCUGUUACGUUCACUCAAGAUUCAUUAUCUGUACAACGCGCCGCCUAGUGUCGACUAUGCCAAUUACCUAAUUCUUCGACAGUUGCUUAGACUUGAACGACCCCUGUAUGUUCCCACACGAUGUCUGCCGACCUUUGUGAUAUUGCCAUGUUAUAAAACCAAUCAUAAAUCAAGAAAGCCAGACUUCCACCGACUACCAGGAGGAUGCAGUUUUCGAUUAGGACUAAUUCCAAAAAUAAAAACAAGAAAACUAGUCAACGAUCAAGAGACUGUGUAUAGGUAAAGAUUUGCUCUGCUACUUUUGGCUUUAUGUUAAAAUACUAGCUCAUUUUGUGCAUUGAGGCGCCCUGGCACUACGCCGUGUUGAAACGUGCGCGCUUCACUCAAGUUCGCGCUCGGCGUAAUGACCAGCACAUGGUGCCGCUGCGCUGUUACAAAGGUUUUGUAUAGAAUCGCUAUUUCUUUAUCCAUUUUUGUUGUUUUGUCUCGAGGGCGUAUGCUUGUGUACAUAUGAAUUCAUUGUAUUAUCACGUGAAUCCUUGAGAUCAUCAUAUUUUGAUAGCCUCAUCUUUGAAAGUAAAAAAAAAACAUACUUUGUUCUCUUCUGAUUUCGAGGAUGUCAUCAUCGCCGAGGAAAAAAAAAACUGCUUCUUGCAAAAUGUAGCCUUUCUAUACCUAAUGAAUUUUUGGCUUAUUGUUUGUAGCCGUGUAGUCAUGAUAGUGACCAUACCACAAUAAAAUGCUGCGAGCGUA